AACGCCUACCACACUCUCCGACAGCCACAUUCCAUGCUGCUCGCCGUCUACAGCGCGCCGGCCCUGCAUUCGGGCCGCCUCCACGUCGUCCUCGGCGGCGCCGUCCUCCCCCACCCGGCAAAGGCGGACAAGGGCGGCGAGGACGCCUUCCUCUUUGACGACAAGCGCUGCCUCUUCGGCGUGGCCGACGGCGUGGGAGGGAGUGCAAAGAACGGGGUCGACCCGGGCGCCUUCUCGCGCGAGAUGCUCGAGCGGUGCCACCAGGCAGCCGCCUGCGGCGUGGCGGACGCCCUCCCCGACGCGCUGAGGCUCGCGUCCGAGUGCCCGCUCAGCGGCGGCGGAGGGAGCAGCACCCUCGUGCUGGGCCAGCUCGAGGAGGGCACGAGCACGCUGCGCCUCCUCAACCUGGGCGACUCGGGCGCGAUGGUCCUCCGCCCGGCGAUGCGCGAGGUCUCGGGCACCGACGCCAAGCAGCUCUGGCCUCGCGUCGUUCUCCGCACGCAGGAGCAGACCCACGGCUGGAACUGGCCGUACCAGACCCGCGCCCGCACCUUUGACGCCGUCGGCAAGGAGGUUGACGAGGUGAGCACGGCCGUGCGCGAGGGAGACAUCGUCCUGGCGGCGAGCGACGGCGUGUUCGACAACCUGUUCGAAGACGCGCUGCAGUUCCUCGUGGCGGAGCGGCUCGACGCGCUGCGCGAUCCCGACCCCCUCGCCGCUCAGGCCGCCGCCGACGCGCUCGCGCAAAACAUUGCCGAGCAGGCAAAGGCGAUUGGCGGCAUGCGCGACCUCAAGACCCCCUUCAGCGAGGCGGCGCAGGAGGAGGGGCGGAGCCACAAGGGGGGCAAGGUGGACGACGUGGCGGUGGUGUGCGGCGUCGUCCGCUCCGGCGCCCGCCCGCCCCUCCGCCUCGGCCACAACUUCGGCGGCGCACCCUGUGUCAGCGAGGAGCGGCCGGUCGUCACGCACAGCGGCGCCUUUGUGCCGCCGGGGGAGAGGACGCGGGACGCGGCGCCGGCGGUGGGGGAGAGGACGCGGGACGCGGCGCCGGCGCACGGGAUGCCGCUCGCGUGGCUCGACCUCCCGCGCAACCGCGGGCCCGAGCGCAAUGCCGACGCACGUGACGGAACUUUUUUCGUGUUUCCUCUCUCAAACGUCGCACAUGAGAUGACUCGACGUGACGCCGUGACGCGAGACUCGCUCCCCGCCUGGGCCGCCUAG